AUGCCUCCCAGAUCCCGGAAGAAGGCAUCCAAGCCGGCCCAGCCAGCCAAGCCGACCAAGAAACCUAAGUUGGGCUCGGAGACCAUGGAGCUGAUAUGUGCCAUGAUAGGCGUGACGGAACCCGAAAAGCCGCCUCAAGUUCGGGGUCGAUUUAAACCAGGUGAAAAAGUCUAUUGCGAAUGGGAUGGUAUUUAUUAUCGGGGCAACAUUUUGAAGCGUUUAACGGGAAAAAAUUAUUACUCUAUUCAUUACUGGAAAUUUACCAAACGUUGGGAUAUGCCAGUGAAUCAGAAAGCGCUACUUAGAUUUGAUACUCGGGAUAAUGACAAAUAUGUUAAAAAAUACAAUGCUUUUUCUAGAAAAGUAAAAAAAGAAAAAAAGAAAAUAAUCGACAAAAUAAUGAGUAAUGUUGAGAAAGGAAUACCAAUUAUACCAAUUGAUAUUUUACCAUUUGAUCCUAAGAAAUGUAAGGUGAUGGUUCGUGAAGAUGGAACCAUAUACAAUCUACCAAGAGAUUCAAUUACAACUAUUUUACCUGAAAUUGAAGUUGAAUCUCCUCCAGUUAACAAUGAAUCAUCUGAACAAGAAGAAAAUGUUCAACCAUCAAUAUCAUCUGCAGUUAGUGGCAAUGAUUUAAAUCCUGAAUCAUCAUCUUUAAGCCCAAUACUUGAGGAGGUACAAGAGUCAAAGACGGACUCAACACAAAACUAUGAUACUUAUUCUACCAAAGAAAAAGUUGCCAUAGAUUUCUUGGCCAAGAAUAUGACCAAGAACAAGUAUCAAAACAAUUUCAUUCAAAAUUAUGAAGAUUUUACAUCCAAUUAUAAAUCUAAUUUGAAUCCUCUUGAAACAGCAGGUUCAUCAGAAAUAACAACCACGGCUUACAAUAAAAGGAAAACAAAUGACUUUGAUGCGGAUAGUUUUGACGUAUAUGGUAGCAUAAAAAAAAUAAAAUCGCUUAAGAAAAAGUCAAGUACAGAUGAUCUUGAACAGGAUAUUAUUGAUUCUCAUUUAGAUCUUGCAUCUGAUAAUAGUAGUUUUGGUUCAGAGAAAUUAGAUCAAACUGAACCUAAUAAUUCAUCCAUACAAACCACUAUAUUAAUUAAUCAUCUUGAAAAUAAAAAUAUUAACGCUUUGGUGUGGCAUCCUCUUAAAUAUAAUACAACAAAAGAUUAUUAA